AUGGUCGUUGGAUUCUUUUCUUGCGGUUCGAUCGGUGAGCCGGUGUGCGGAGAGCUGGCGAGCAACCAACUCGUGCAUCAAAUUGACAGCACCGGGCGCAGCAACUCGAUUCUGGGCCAGAGAUUCGAGGUCACCUACGCCGUGAUGGCCUCCAACUUCUCCGCCUUGCUGGGCAGUGCUACUAACGUGACUACGGCCUUACUUUACGACGACGCCAACGGCUCACCGGGCUCGCCCUUGCCCGGUGGCUCGCUCAUCCUUCCCAGCUCCGGGGUGGGAUCAGGCGGCGCCUUGACCACCUUCUCCGUCAACGGCUCCGGCAGCGGCCAACUGUACCUGGGCCAGGGCUUCUACUGGCUCGUCCUGGCCACCUACAACUCCUCCUCUUCGCUCAGGUGGGAGUACCUCAACCAGGCCGCGUCGCCCAACGCGUCGAUGCCAAUCGCGCUCCACGGCUCAGUGACCAGGGUCGCCUCUUUCACGGAAUGGAACCUCAAAACCACCGCGUUCCGAUUCAACGUGUCCGGCCAGAGCCUCGCCCUCCCGCUCCCCGUCGCCCUCCCGCUCCCCGUCGCGCUCCCCGUCGUCGGGUCUCUCGGUCGCCCCCUUGGCGGCGAAUGUCAGCACCAGCUUCGACUCUACAGUCGCCUCCGCCAUCAACAUGUCCGCCCCGCUCUCGUCUUCAGCCGUACCGUGCGUGAGACGGAAGACGAGAGCGAAGAAGGGCUUACGACCUACGUCUACGCCGCGCAGGUGGACGAGGCGACGCGCCUCGAGCAGGCCUUCACCUUCCACGCCACCAAUGCCUCGGGCCAGUUCGCCGGCACCACCUUCGACAUCGGCGCCGGCUCAGUCAAGUGGUCCGUCAACAUCACCAGUACCAACGCCUCGACCUUCGCUGACGGCGUCACGAUGAAGUACCGCCUGACCGGCCUGCUCGGGUCGGCGCCCAGCGUCAACUCCAGCGGCGGCUCGCAGUCGUUGUCGUCGUCGUCGGUGGUGCGUCGGGCGCGCAACAAGCCUCAGGCCGGCAUGACGACCUAUUUCCUGGCCUUCGCGGCCGACCCUUCCGACCCGCGCAAGCUCGCCGGGUGCGCCGUCGAGGUCUUUGACGCGGCCCUCGUCGACGGCGCCGAAGCUGCGGUACCGAUCGAACACGACGUGCAAGUGGCGUCGCAGGCCGAGUUCGAGCUGGUGCUGAGUUUCCCGCCGUUCGAGAAUUCUCUGGUCUACGACCCAAGCCUCAAUCUGGGCGUGCUGCUGGGCGGCGGGGGGCGGGACGAGCUGGACGGCAGUAACGGCGGCGGCGGCGAUAAUCUGGGGAUGAUCGUGGCCGUGGCCGUGGCCAUUCCGGUGGCCGUCGUCGUGGUGCUGGCGGUCAUCGUGGUCGGCACCGCGCUCAUCAUCCGCAGGAAGAAGCUGGCCAGGGCCAAGUUCAGGAAGAGCGCCCUCGUCGGCCAGAGCGUGUAG